GGACAAAGCGCACGCUUCCACCCGCUGCCGUAAACCGUACAGGACAAGUCGUAAAACUAAGCUAUCGGUGUUUUGAGAGAAGUCAACUGUAAUGCUCAUUGAUUUCGAGAUUGUAGUGGAUUUAGAGAUGUUAAAACACACCAUAAUCGUACAGGAUGCUUGUUCAAUCGAGCUGGUAAACCCUAACAACAUGAGGGCGUCGUGCAGGUUCUAGGGAGCCAGAGGAUGAGUAUAAUCUUCUGAAAAACAAGCUCAGAAAUGGCAACAUACAACGCCGAAGGUAAAGGAAAACUGCCUUGAAUAAGCUCCCGGCAUGUAUUGUACCUAAACAGUCUCUACCGUGACUUUUGGAUUUGUUUCUCGUAAAUCUUCCCGUUCUAAACAAGGGUUUGGUGUCUUUGUUGUUGUUCAGUCGCUGCAGGUCACUCUGUCGUGGUAGAGGUGAGCCCAGACAUCCACAUCUGCGGCUUCUGCAAACAACAGUACAAUAAUUUUGAGGUUUUUCUCGCUCAUAAGCAAAAUGGAUGCUCCUUACCCACCUCUGACACAUCAGCUACAACUGCUACAACCACCCUCCCAGGUAAAAACAGCAUGUUUCUGCUUUUGCUGCCAGUAUUGUGCUUAUGAACUCGAUUCGACAAGACACUACUCUCAUGCACUCAUUUUCUGUCCUGCUCAGAUCCUAGCACUGAGUUUGUUUUCGAGGAAACAUACCAGACCUGUGUCAGGAAAGGUGUGAAAAAGAUCCUGACCAAAGCACAGAAAACACCUGCGAAAAAACUGAAACCUGCCCUGACUUCAAAGAGAUACAGCUGCUGUUUCUCAGGUUGGUGCCUCUCUCCGUUUAUGGCUUUAACACUUUACUUUUUCUCUGUACUUCCUUCAAGACACCUAUCAUCAGCUCUUAUUUAUUUAAAGCACUUUCAGAUCCUCCUUCCAUGCUACACACACCUAAUAAAAAGCACAAUAUCUGCUGAUUCACAGGUUGCACUUUUAAGACGCAGUAUGGCCAAAAAGACAUGGAGCGGCAUCUCAAAACCCACACUGGUCAGUAAUUCUGCUUAUUUAUACCUAGGGCUGGGCGAUAAAACGAUAAUGAUAUAUAUUCAAAAUUAAUUUCUAUCAAUAUUGAUAUGAAACAUGGCAGAAUUGCGGCUAUUGAAAAGCAUAUCGACCAUGUUUUGGUAGACUAUAUGAUUAGCCAAUGAAAAGGCAAUACAUGGCGCACUGUUGUGACAUCACUGUUCUCCUUGCAGGUGAGAAGCCGUUUGAAUGUGAGCUGUGUCACAAGCGUUUCAGUCGUCGGGACAAGCUGAACAUGCACAGCCGAUCGCACACAGGUGAGAAGCCGCACAAGUGUAAACUCUGUCCCUACGCGGCGGCGGAUAGCAGCAGUCUGAAGAAGCAUCUGCGCAUCCACUAUGACGAACGGCCUUUUAAAUGCCAGAUCUGUCCGUACGCCAGCCGCAACUCCAGCCAGCUCACUGUUCAUCUCCGCUCGCACACCGGUGAGUUCUCAAAAAUCCUCAUCGUAGUCAGGUGCAAAUAUGACUUGACCCCCAAAAAAUUCUAACAAAAGGUUUCUGAGCUGUUUUUUUUAGUACUAGAUAUCCUUAAUAACAUACUAAAAGUUUACCAAAGUUUUAACGCUAGAAAGGUGUAAUUUUCAAGAUGGCGUCCAUGAUGGGUUUAAAACCUGGGGAGACGCCUCAGGUGAAUAGGGUAAAAAAAUUUUAACAGACAGAUAUCACCAUGAAACUUCCUGAGUUUAUAACUUACAUUAAGACAAAUAUUUUUUGUAUUACUAGUUUUGUUAAAUGUUAUGUUUGAUUCUAUAAAUAUUCAAUAUUAUUUAUCCCCAAAGGGAAACUGAAUAUUAAAAUUUUAGAUAUUCAUUAAAUUCAAAUGAUAUAUUCCAAGAUAAUAAUGGUAAAAAAAAAUUAUAAUAAUAUAAAUAUUAAUAGAAAAAUCUACAAUUAUACAGAAAAAUAAUAAAAGAAAUAAUUAAAAAUAAUGAAAAAAAAAAUAAAAAUGCAAAAAAUAGUAAUAAAUUAUGAGAUAAAAUAUUAAAAUUCAGUAUUUUAAUUUUAAAUAUUCAUAAAAAUUCAAAAAAAUAUAACAAUAAAAUAAAUUUAUUUAAAAAAAUAAAAAAUAAAUGAAUACAAUAAAUGACCAAAAAAAAUAAUAAUGAUAAUUAAAAAAUCUAAUAAUAAUAAUGAUAAUUAGUUUGCUUCUCCUGGUUGGGAGAGGGCCCCCUCUUUGGAUAUCUUUUUUUUAUCACUCUGUAAAUGAGAGACGAGGAAUACUGGCGCCUGAUACAUGUUUUGAGCAUAUAAUAUUCUAAUUAGCAUAUUUUUAUGAUAGAUAAGUGAUUUCAAGUUCCAAUAAUGUUCCACAGGCAGUGUUGCAUGGGGACAUUUUAAUUUUUAGUGCUGGUGAGAGUAUUUUCUCAUUUACAGAGCGAUAAAAAAAGAUAUCUAAAGUCCUCUCCUCCCUCCUUCUGACUCUAGUAUGUCAACAAAAUAAAACAAGAAUUUUGAAAGGGGCUUUCGGUUCAGUUUUCGGUUCUGGAAAUGUAUGCAAAUUAGUGCAUAUUUAAUUAGAUAUUGCCUCAUUGAAAUAUUCAAACAUAACAUCUAACAAAACUUGUAAUACAAAAAUAUUUGUUGUAAUGUAAGUUAUAAACCCGGGAAGUUUCAUGGUGAUAUGUGUUUGUUAAAAAUUUUACUCUAUUCACCUGAGGUGUCUCCCCGGGAUUCCAACCCUUCAUGGAUGCCAUCCUGAAAAAGACACCUUAUUAGCGGUCAAACGUUGAUAAACUUUUAGUGUCUUAUUAAGGACAUCUAAUACUAUAAAAAACAGCUGAGAAAUCUUUUGUUUGAAUUCUUAAAGGGUUAGGUGUUUCUCUUUUUCGUAAAUGCACCCGCCUAUCUGUUGUUUCUCGAGGGACUUGAAUUUAAUUUCUGUUUCUUUUGAUUCUCCAAGGGGAUUCACCUUUCCAGUGCUCACAGUGUGACGCAAAGUUUAAAAUCAACUCAGACCUGAAGAGGCACAUCCGUAUCCACUCCGGCGAAAAGCCGUUCAAGUGUGACUUUUGUGAUUAUCGCUGCGCCAUGAAAGGCAACCUCAAAUCUCACAUCCAGAUUAAACACAACUCCGGGGACUCCUUCAAAUGCUCUCACUGUGACUUCCAGUGUUCCAGCAAGACCGCUCUGCGGCAGCACGUGCGGGAACACCAACCAGUUCAGCCCAUGCAGUGUUCCAAGUGCUCUUACUCCUGCCUCAGCAAGGGGGCGCUCAAAGUCCACGAGAGGAUCCACUCAGAAGAGCGGCCCUUCAAAUGUGACUUCUGUGACUUUGCCUCCAAGCAGCGCAGCAACCUGGUCAUCCACAAGAAGAAAUGCCACUCGGAUAAGCCGGAGAAAGGCGGCAGAGGGAAAGGGGGCAAAAGUGGCGGUAAGGGAGGAGGCGACGCUUCAAAACCCGCCAGCUCCAGAUAUCGAGCGAAGCUAGAGGCAGCCCGAGCUUUCUGCUGUGACUCCUGCGAUGCGUCCUUCGUGAGGGAGGACUCUCUGCGGAGCCACAAGAAGCAGCACAGGGACGCUCAGAACGUGUUACAGCUGCAGAAUCCAAACCCGGCUAAUGCACUCAAUGUGGUUCCCGUUCCUACAUCACAGAGCGGCGCCCAGCUUCAGGUUCCUCUACAAACCGAAACGAUGAAUCCUUACAGCAGCGCACAGCUCAAAAUCAUCGUAUCCCACCCUCUGGGCCAAGAGAACUCCUUAAUCCCAGCAGGUGUGGACGCUCAGACUAAAACAAACAUGGUUCUGCUCAGCCCAGAAAGCCAGGACAUGGUGGUGAACUCCAUGAUCCAACAAGUCAACCUGUUAGCGCCCAUUCAGUCUCUUAGCUCCUCCCAGACCACAGAGGCCGCCCUGGAAUCCCAGGCGGUUCUCCUGACACAGCUCACCCCCGACGACACCAACAACCAGCUCCACCAGGCGCUUUUGCACACCGCCAUCGCCCCUCAGGACUCCAGCGGCAGCUCGCAGACUUUCAUCACGACCUGCUCCGAACUGGACGGCCUCAACGCUCUCAUCCAGGAGGGCGGCACAGAGGUGACAGUGGUGACGGAGGGGAACACCGCCAUGGUUAUGAACGCUCCGGAGAUGGUGUGCGGUCCUCUCGAGGGGGUGUCCAAACCAGCAGGGGCGGUUAAGGUCCAAGAGAGUGCCUUGUCUUGCGAAGAAAGCGCGUUACUCGUGCCAAAUAUCACUCUGAGCAGCCAGAACGUCGUCAUCCACGGCGUUCCCCUCAUAGUGUCCACGCAGAGUCAGCAGAAUCCCAUAGAGCAGCUCUCACCUCACACGCUUUACUCCAGCUCGCACACGCUGGACUGAGCAAAGACUUCGGUUUGUUUCUCCUCGAACUUAAAGACUUUUACUGCAUCAUAAGCUAUUCCUCCACCAGAUCAAAGUUUACGUACUGUACUCGUAGUCGCACCGAUCAGCGUCAACCUUUUGUUUUUGUAAAAAUCCUGUAGGAACAUAAUUGUGUUAGUUUUAAGAUUUUAGGACAACUAAUUCUUGUAGCACAAUAAUCGUCUGACCCAGGAUGGUGUAAUUAUGUCGAGCACUGAAAGUUGGACGUCAUCUCAUACAUGCUGUUUUUUUGUAGGCGUGAACCAAUCAAAGCCUACUUUAACUGUUCAGAUAAAUAAAGAUUAUUUUCAGGCAACAUCUCAGAAUAAAAGUCAAAAUGACUUCAUGUCUUUGUGC